GUGCUCACCUUCCUGAAGGUCCAAGGGGUCGACGCGUCGGCGAUCUCCACCGUCGAGCAUGCCAAGGUCAAGGCCUACGAGUCGCGGCCGCCCUUGGCCAUCGCCGCUCGUCACAGAGUGGAGAAUGCGAUUCGCAAGGUGGAUCACUUCGUCUGCCGUAUGGCGGAGUUCGAGAAGCAGCAGGCCCAGCUCGCCAAUACCUUCGAGGAGACGAAGGGGCAGCUCGAGGAGGGCAACUUCGCCGAUGUCGAGGGCCCGAUCGCGGUUGGGCUGGCUGGCCUCGAUGAGGCGGUCACCGGCUUUGCCGAGGGCCAGUCGGCGCUCGAGGCGCGGCAGCGCCUGCAGCGCGAG